GUGACCGUGUUUCAAUAUAUCCUUUCAUUAGCAGAGCUGAAAAUAGCAGUAAAAUGAGAAGAUAUAAUGUUAAAUAUUAAAUCCUUAAGUGAGGCACUUUUGACAACGUAUUCAAAAUAUUUGGUGAGGAAGAUAAAAUGUGUUGAUCUGGGAUACAAAAUAGAUCUAGAGGAUGGUCCCAAACAAGCUAUGGUUAGUGAACGGACAGAAGCCUUUACUACUGCUCGAAAUUUAUUGGCCUCUGGAGCUGAUGCUAUUGAAAGGAUUAUGUCUUCAUACAAAGAGAUCACUGAAUUAGCAGGCUAUACUGCUCGAGUGUACAAUAUGUUUUGGGUCUUUGAUGAAGUGAAAAGAGGCAUUUAUAAGAGAACUGCUGUCAUGCAAGAGUCUGAAAACCACAGCAAGAAUGGAGCUAACAUAGAAUUAUCCCUCAGUGAUACGUUGGAAAUCAAAGGAAAAGUUAUUGAUGUGGAUCAUGGAAUUAUUUGUGAAAAUGUUCCCAUAAUUACACCAACGGGAGAAGUGGUGGCUUCCAGGCUAAACUUCAAAGUACAGGAAGGAAUGCAUCUUUUGAUAACUGGUCCCAAUGGUUGUGGGAAAAGUUCUCUCUUCCGAAUUUUAAGUGGGCUCUGGCCUGUGUAUGAAGGAGUCCUCUAUAAACCACCUCCCCAGCAUAUGUUCUAUAUUCCACAAAGGCCAUACAUGUCUCUUGGAAGUCUUCGGGAUCAAGUCAUUUAUCCUGAUUCAGUGGAUGACAUGCAUGACAAAGGCUAUUCAGACCACGAUCUGGAGUGUAUUCUACACAAUGUCCACCUCUAUCACAUAGUUCAAAGAGAAGGAGGAUGGGAUGCUGUUAUGGACUGGAAAGAUGUCCUGUCAGGAGGGGAAAAACAAAGAAUGGGCAUGGCUCGCAUGUUUUACCACAGACCAAAGUAUGCCUUGCUGGAUGAAUGUACCAGUGCUGUCAGCAUUGAUGUUGAAGGAAAGAUAUUUCAGGCUGCAAAAGGGGCCGGAAUUUCCUUACUGUCUAUAACACACAGGCCUUCUCUUUGGAAAUACCACACUCAUUUAUUACAGUUUGAUGGUGAAGGAGGUUGGCGCUUUGAACAAUUGGAUACUGCUAUCCGUUUAACACUGAGUGAAGAAAAACAAAAGCUGGAAUCUCAGCUAGCUGGGAUUCCCAAAAUGCAGCAAAGACUCAAUGAACUAUGUAAAAUUUUGGGAGAAGACUCAGUGCUAAAAACAAUCAAAAAUGAAGAUGAGACAUCUUAAUUUGUUUUGACAUAUUUUAAAAGUUAAUUUUCAGGUAAAGGCUCAGAGACACUCUGUUAUAGUGCAUGCGUUGUGUUAAGCUAAGCUCAGAGGAAAAAAGGCAGCAAGAAAUGUUCUAUGAAAUUUUAGCAUCAAGGAAAUAUAUGUUCUGACAGAGGAAAAUAAAAUGCAUUAUGUAAGAUUAGUCAUAUGGCUUCUACUAAUUCCUAGUAAAAGCCUAGUUCACCUGUAAAACAGGAUUUUCUAGGUGAAUUCAUGAUGAAUACCAGAUUUGCUGUGUGUAUGUGAUGUGUCUGAAGUUCUUAACAAACAUGGGUGAUAUCUUGAGAAGGGAACAACUGAAGAGCAGCAUUUGCGUUGAAACCAAGUGCAGAGAAUUAGAAGUCUGAGUAAUAUUUCAGCCCAUCUAUGGUUAUUAGGUUUAAUAGCUAGAAUUCAUGUCCAUCAUUGUCAGUGGUCAACUAAACCUCUGUUAAAAUAGCAGACAGUUUGAUAAAUAAUUUCAAUAUGAAAAAAAUUCUUUUAAUGGCAAUGGUUGAGAGAAAGAAGCAUGGCUAUAUAUGUAUGAAAUGCCAUUUUUUUUUUUUUUUAGAUUUUGAACACCUUAAUGUGGGCCCAUUAAUCGGUUUUAUAAGAAUCUUACAUAUCUGUUAAUAAGCUCUUUCAUUUUAAAAAGAGGAUUGCCAAUACAGAAAACGAAUAUCCAAACAACGUUGUCUCAGCCUGUUACUUUACUUUGAAGCAUUAUCUAUUGCAACUUCUGUCCAGAAAUACUCGGCUUGUUUUUGUGCUCAAAGGAGGAGUCCACCACCUUUUUAAAAUAGCAGUGCUGUAACAGAAUACAGGGGUUCUCAAAAUCACAGUGGUAAGAACAUACAUUGGAAUAAGACUUUAUAAUUCCCAAUCCUCAUUUACAUCGUUUCAUUUUAAUCCUUGGGGCAGUAUUUUGAGGUACAUAUUAUUUUUCUAGUUUGCUUUUGAGAAAAUCUACACUCAGAAUUGCCCUAAUUAUGCCGUUUAUUUAGGGACAGAUCCAGGGAUCAAAUGAAGUUCUCCUGAUUCCCUGGUUCAGUGCUAUUUCCACUAUUAUCCUUGAAAUCCAACUGGGCUAUAAUAUCAAUAAAAGUUAAAUGAGAUGUUGAAAAGAAAAUAAAUUUAGUAAUGUUAGUGUUAUUGUUAUUUGGUUAUUGUUUACACGAUAUAGAAAGUAAGUACAAGGUGGAAAGGCCAUUGGUUCUGAGGUUUAAAAUGGGCCAAGAAAGUUAGCAAAUCUUUCAGCAACUGUGCAUUCAAACUCAAUAUAAAUGUACCUCUACAGCCAGCAAUCAAAAGGGGAAUUAAUUGUUAUAGGUAAGUUUAAUAUUUAUGGAACAUAAUGAGAAAGAAUCUGUAUGGAAUAGUCAUAGGGAAUAAAUCUUAUCUCUUUAUGUGCCCUGGAGUUGGAAGUGCAAAAGCCGGGACUAGCGUUUUAAUCUCCUACCCCCUAUACCACCAUGUUGACGGGCCAGGAAAAAUGGAGAUGAUCUGUUAAUGGUUUAGGAUUUUAUUUGCGUUACUAGACACAGCCAUAAUGGAUGCUGAGUCUGUGAUUCUCAGACUUUUUCAGGUGGUGGAGUACCUGGAAUGCAUUCAUGACGACUGUAGUAGAACAUCAUGACAUUUUCACUUUUUCGGUUCCACCAUGCUAACUAGGACGUUGUUAAUUAUCAAUAAAUGUAACCAUCUUAUAUGAAAGAAUGCAAUAUAAAAUCAUAAUCAGUACAUAUGACUAAGUUUUUCUGUUAGUAUCAUUAGCUACUCCUUUAUGCAUUUGUCAGUUACUACUACUUCCUGUUAGAAAAGUGAGGCAGGUAUCAAAGGUUAAAAAAAAUGCAUGGAACCAAAACUUAAACUUGAUAAAAAUUAUCCGAUAAUCUUAACUUCUAUAUUAGCAGUUAUCCAGUUUAUACUGCUCUGGGGAAAAUUCUGAGAUAAGUGUCCUAAGUUAACUUUUAAAGACACAAGAAGAAAAUGAAAAGUCCUCAUUUGAAACAUAUGCAUAAUUCUCAUAAGUUGAAAAAUAAAGCAUUAGGACCCAAUAUAUUGUAUUUUGAAACUUUAAAGCAAUGCCAAAACAAAUAUUAGAUUUGUAAUUAGCCCUUAUUUAAUAUAUUCUAAGAACGAGCUAAAGUAAAUAAGACUCAUUAUUUAUAAUGUACAGGAUUCGAGGAUGCUUAAAAUUAUGUAGUAAAAACUGUACGCACUGCAAUUUAAGUGUUAAAGUUCUGAGGAACAUGUUUUCCAUGAGCUUUUUUGUGCCUAUUUAUUUUCUGAACUUACUUCAGGACCAAUAUCCUCUAACUUGGAGGGCAAAAAGAAUUGUGAUUUGAAUUUGCAUUUGCGUAUCAUUUAAUUGUUUCCAAAAUGGUCCAAUGAUUAUACCAUAUUUUACUAUUCUCAUAGUUAUAUUUUAUGAAAAAUGUGAACCGGAUUGAGAAACCAAAUAGCCGUCUUUGAAAAUAGAAAAGAAUGGACAAGGAAAGGACAGAGAAAGGAUAUUUCAAUUUUCAAACUACUUUUACUGUGUUAUCUAUUUGCCCAAACUUUCGACUUCUAUUUUUUUGGUUUUUGGGUUUGUUUUCUUUUCGGUCACAGAAAGCUAUAAAUUUAUGGAGCUCGAUUUUUAAGUGUGCAUUUUUUAAUUAACUUUUAAACUUGGAAAAUAAGUUGCAUUCUAUGAAAACGUCGCAUUUUGUUUCUGCAGCAUGUCGUGUUAUGCCAAGCAUGAGUCUAAAAUAUUGUGUGUUCUUAUAAACAAGAUAAUGUGUAAAAAUCCCUCUCCAGUAAUUUCAAGGAGAAUGAUAUAUCUAGAUAUUCAACCAAGUUUACAUGGGAGUGGUUUUCACUUGACAGUUGUUUGAUUUUUGUGUCAAAUUUUGCUCUGCCAGUAAAGGUAUAAAGGGCAUGUUAGUUUUUUAUUUGAGACUUUGGUUCCAAGAAUAACUUCAUAUUUGGCAAGGCUUAGCCUCUUAAAAUCUGUUUGGAAUAGGUUUUUGAUUCCGUAAGCCUAGAAAAAUUUGUUACACAUUGGAACUCAAAUCCAGAGGAUGUUCCACACUUCUGGGAUGUGCAGAAAAUGGUAGUGAUUAUUUAGCCAUUGAUUAAAAGAGAUGCCUUUAAUAUAAUUACGUUAUGGGCAAAAAUUAUUCUCAUUUAGAAGUGUAAAGUACUGUCACCUAGCCCAGGGUGUUUACAGUCCUGCUGAUGUACAGUUAGGUAUAUACUUGUAGUGUUUGCCACAUGAGAACUUGCAGGGGGAUGUGUAAAAUGUUUUUAUUAAAAGCAAAUCUCUUCUUCA